AUGUCAGAACAAUUUGACUGGGAGGAUUUUUUUCUAUCCCAGCAUUUGGAUCAUUCUGUUUCCUAUGGAACAUCGAAUGCCGCCACCAUCAAUGAUACGAGUAACAGCGGAAUGGAGGAAUUUCGAUUGCCUAUUUCAUCUGCAACUUAUUAUGAUAACUUAUCUUCUGAUACAACCCAAUCAUCAUAUAUUGAUAUUUCAAAUAAUCAUUUGGAAGACUUUGAUCGGAUGAGGCCGACAAUUACACCGUUGCAACACAGUUCAUCAACAUUUAUUCAGAAUUCAACGGAUGACUUCGCGCCACUUUCUACUGCCGAUAGCAGUUCAAAUAGUGCUGCAAAUCUCGAUGUCAUCUUCAAUAUUCCUGCUUCAGUUUCAAUGUCAUCUGAUGUCACAGAUACUCAUACUUCUACUGCAAUGCCACUUAUAGAUGCACUAAUUUUGCCUAAUUCGCAGCAAAUUGUGUUAAGCAAUGACACAAUAGGAUGCCAAGCAGCAGUAAUAGAGAAUACAGUGGACAGAACUAUUGUGAAUCCACUGUUGACAUCUUCCAGUGCUUCGGUAGAAUAUCGAUAUUUGAAACGACCAAAUGAUAGUGGAAGUCAAUCGUUGGAACAUUGCAACGAAUUGGAUGUAAAACGAUCAACAAGGAAUGAAAUGUUUGAAACCAAUUUCAAUGAACAACACUUAUCAUCAAAGCCAUCGGUUUCAUAUCCAACAAAUCAGAUGUCAGAAUUUUCACCAUAUGUUGAUGAAAUGUCUAACAAUAUGCACUCAGGUGAAACGUCAACCAAUAAUGCUCCUUCAUAUGGCUCGAAAUUUCAUCUCUGUAAUAUGAUUCAGCCAUUCCCAGUUACCGAUUCUCUUGUGACAAUAUCAGAAACCAAUCAAGAGGACAGAGGAGAAGUAUUUCAAGAAGUGAAAUCAUAUUCAGAUCCCAGCUCCUCUGCUGCAACAAACAAUACUGAGCAACAAAUAACAUAUACUAUGCCAGCUGGAUUUCACGAACAACAAUUAUCACGACAAUUAGUUUUGAAUUUAACAUUCCCAUGA